AUGUAUGAGGCAAAAGAAAGACAGAAGUUUAUCAGUGAUGCUCAGUACCUGAGGGAGAUGCAGCACAAGAUGGAUACAGAAUAUCAGGCUUGCCUGAGAAAACAAGAGCAAACUAGAGAGCAGGCUGAGAAGAAGCGAGAACAACAUACCAGACAAGACUCGAGGCAGACAAGUGUAUCAUCCAUCUCUGCUGGGCGUAGUUAUGAAAGGCCAUGGAUUUCACGACUCUCUGUUAACAGACAGAUCUCUUCUGAUGAAGUUUCUGGAUGUGAACUGAAAUCCUUUAUAAAGUCUCCUGGGAGCAAAUCAGAAGCUAAAUUUCCUGCCAUUGAUAAAACAUCUGUGAAGCAGAAGCAAAAGGCUAGCACAUGCUCAAAAAAACCAGAAAAAAGGGGAACUUCCCCCAAAAAAGAUAUUUCAGCUUUCCAGAAACCAGUUUUAUCAAGAAGACAGCGGAUGAACCAGGGAAGUUUCCUGGAAAACCCAGGCUCUGAAAGUGUGAGAAGAGUGGAAGGAAAAGGAAAGAAAACACCCCUGCUGCAAGGAACAGCAAAGAUCAGCAGAGGGUCUGGCCCACAAGAUGGCACAGGACAAAGAAGUGCUCCCAAGAGCAAGAAGAAAUCUCAAGAAAGAAGGAGUUUAGUCCAGACUUCUAGACUAACCAUUGAUGGCAAACACCUAGACAGGGAUCUCAAGAAAGGAAGUGUUUUUACAGCCGCUCAGCAGCUCUCAGCUCAUCCAGCAGAGUCUCCUGUUCCGACGGCUAAUGGCCCUCCGGUGUCAAGUGAGCCAAACAGCUCCAACCUUCCACCCAUUAAAAAUGUCCCCGCAAGACCGAAAGAAGAUGAAUCAUGUGCAGAGCUGUCCUCUGCUGCUGAGGGUUCCACCACAGACCACGAAGAUACCAAAGAAGCCAACCCCUUAGAAGAAGACCUCCUUCCCUUUGAUCUCAAUCAUUCUUUAUGUGAUCAGUCCAACAGAGUUCGUGAGAUGUCUUUAACCCAAGCAUACGAAAUGGGAGUUGGGGAUGAUGGACGGAGGGCUGAACUUUCCCACCGGUUGGUAUGGCAACACAAUGUCGCAGCGGACCCAGCUGCAGAGCGGUCUUCAGAAGGACAAAGACAGACAAGGGACCCCAGGACGUCUUACACUGCUGAAGAAAACCUUUUGGAAGACAGUCGUAAAAAUGAAGGUGAAAAGUCAGCAUUUAGCACCAGAAGUACUGAAAGCAAGCCAGGGAGUGCCUUUGCCAGCGAGCCGGCUGGUAAUUUAAGUUCUACCGAGGACUGGCCAGGGAGCAGCAUUUAUGGCAGAGAAAGACAGACCUUUGAGAACAAUCAAAGAUGCUAUGCUGGGCUCAUCAGUUCAGUGAGACCAAUGGUUCAGCGGCCUUCUGCCUUUAAUAUCCCGGGGGCAUUAGGGCGGCCUACCAACCAAGCUGAGGCUUCAGGCAAUGUGGAUGUCGCUGCAGCUUCUGUACAAGUCACGGAGCUGACUGGGAGUCCGAGGCUCAUUGCUCGCAGGCAGCUGUCUCCUAUAAGAACGAGGGAUUCCUUUUCAGCGACAGAAAGCUGCCAGUCUUCCUCACCCACCAUCAGCCCCUUUGAGGACAGCACUCUGAGCAACGGGCUCAGCAGCGUCUCCCCCAGCACUGCUUCCCACGACGAAGACACCCUUCUGACUUCCCACAACUCCUCAUCGUCCACAGAUUCUUCUCAGCCCUCUCUUUUCCGGGCAAACUUCACAGCACACCUUCACAUGGCCGGCACGCUGCCAGAUCAAGUGCCAAUCUUCCUGACAGUAUCUGAUCUGCGAAACCCGAGCAGCUUUGUGAGCAGUGCAAAUGUCUGCGGUUCCCCAAACACAAAGGAGCGUAAUAAACCCGAGACAGACCCGGAAAAACUUAAACAAUUGCAAGAGAGUCUCCUGGCAGAGGACUCAGAAGAGGAAGGAGACCAGUGUCGGAUAUGUCAGAUUCCAGGUGGAUCCAUAACCAAUCCAUUGCUAGAACCAUGUGGGUGUGGUGGGACUCUUCGAUUUGUCCAUCAAGAAUGUCUAAAGACCUGGUUAAAAGCCAAGAUCAAAUCCGGUGCUGAGCUUGGGGCAGUGAAAACAUGUGAACUCUGUAAGCAGAGUCUGACAGCAGAUCUGGAUGAUUUUAAUGUGAAUGACUACUACAGGAAUCAUCAGCAGUCUCAGGCCCAGAGUGAGUUGAUGAACUCCGGUCUCUACCUUGUGCUGCUGCUUCAUUUGUACGAACAAAGGUUUGCGGAGCUCAUGAGGUUAAACUACAACCAGGCCUCCAGAGAUCGGCUGUCAAGACCACCUAGAACAGAAGAAAACCAAAGUAGGUUUAUAUCCAGCUCACAGUAG